CAUAUUUUCAAAUGUAAAACGAUGCAACUUGCAGCAGCAGCAACAUGAAUGAUAACAUGGGGUUGGUGAACAAACAGAAUUAAUGUUAUAUUUUUGAGUCCAACACAUCCGGAUGGACCACCCCAAAAAAUUUCUGUUUUCGAACUGAGACAUCUUAACCUCUCGGCCAUCUAACCAUCUAUUUGAAUAUAUUAGAAAAUUUAUUAAGUCUCAUACAAUCAGAAAUAGAUUGCGAGGAAUCUGAUACAAAAGGAAUAGAGAAGUUCUAUGAAGAUUAAACUUUCAAACCACAUUUUUAGAAUUUUCCAGCAUUACUUUCAGUUUAAAUACAUUUACAUUGGACGGGAUCAGUUUAAUUUGUGAAAUAAAAUCGUUGUUUUAAUGAUAUAAAAUUAUGUUCGGCUGAAAUGGCACCAGUGUGGAAUGGCUUAAACGUGGUUUAGUCUGGUUGGAUAACUGCCAUAUUACACUGGAAGGACUAUACUUGUUUGUUCUGGAUUUUACAGACUUGAUUCUUAUUAUCUCUAUAAUAAAUUACUUUUAUUGUUUACGAUUGUUUUAAGAUCAAUUAUCGAUUUUUUCGACAAUAGAAUCUAAAUUGCAUUGUUAAAAAUGGAUUCAGAUUUAGAAGAAGUUUCUUCGUUUCAUUCCGACUAUACCAUUCAAGAAUUCGAAGAAUCGAUCAUCGAAGAAUUCAUUAUCACUCCGUCUUCCGAAUUAAUUUUCCAUGGUCCUUUCGAAGAGACGUCGACUUCGCAAUUGAAGUUAUUCAACAUGACUAAAAAUACCAAAUGUUUCAAAAUAAAAACACUAGAGCCGAGUAAAUACCGGGUUAAACCACGCUGUGGAAUCAUUCGACCCGAAGAAUUUCGAACCGUCCAAAUUUCUCUACUACCCAAUCAAGUGAACGAAUUUUUGAACAAGCAAAAAUUUUUGGUACAAGUGGUGGAUGUGGCAGAUAGCGAAUGUGAUCCUUUGUCACUGUGGAAAGACGUUAAUCCAGGGGACGUAUUUUCCAAAAAGUUACAUUGUAUAUUUACCGAAGAACGAGCGAUUUUCCAGAAGGAUAUCGAGUCUUCAUCAGUUUACGAACCAAGUGCCGAAUUCAAAGACCUCCUCGACUUGGAACAACUUCGUUUCCAAAAUAACGAAAUGCAAGAAGAACUUGAAGAAUUAAAAAAUAUUCAUAGUAGUAUUCUGGAAGAAUUCUUUCCCGAUUCGCAAAUGCAAAUUAAGAGCUUUGAAGAAGAGAUCUUCGAUCCAAGACGCUUGAUCAUUUCGACAAUCCUUUUCGUCAUAUUCUUCGUAAUCGGCAUGAUGUCCCAUUCCUGCGAUUUUCAAUUCGAUUGAAGAAUAUUUCAACAAUGUUUCGUUUUAGUGAAAAUUUUUCUCGUUUGACAAUAAAACAUUUGUUCAUAAUAAUUUACAAUGAAGUUAUGCUUUAUAGUAUUCAAUUUAACUGCAAAUUACGCUUUAAUUUAAAAGUUAUAUAUAUAUACUGUAUAUAUAUAUAUAAUUUUCGUUAUUACAAAUGAAAAUGACAACAAAUUUAAUUUUCUAUAGAAAAAAUUUACUCAAACAGUACUAAAUAAUUCGGAACAGCACGCUGCAAUCUGUGGAACACGUCAACGAGUUUUAUUGUAUUUAAAUGUGGAUGCUGUCAAAAUAUUUCAACUAAAUUCUUCUCGUAAUGAAGAUUUACACUGUAUAAAAGUAUGCAGAUAGCAAUUUCAAG